AUGGCGCCGAAGAUGUCCAAAAACCAUUGCCUUACUGGGCUUCCAACUGAGAUCCUUUUGGACAUAUAUCAACAACUAGACCUGGAUGGUGUUUUCAACCUUUGCGCCACUCAUAGGACGCUACAUGAACUCUUCGACAAGAGAAAGGCCUCAAUCUUACUUCCUGUCCUUGUCAGGGAGUUCAGUCCCUUUGAUGAGCUCCUUCAGGUUUAUACGGCCUCAGUUGAGGAUCUCGAUUCCCGCGGUGGACUGUAUGCUCCACGCAGAGUCGUGUUUAAACGAUUCCUUGGAGACACUGGAGUGGUGUUAGCUCCGUGUCCAGAGCAUCAGCCUACUGUGUCAGUGGACGCUGUUGAAGGAUUCAUCACGCUGAACAAGCUAGGCAAACCCAUUAUACCCCGCGCUCAACCACUGAAAACCGUUGUUCUGACUGUGAAGGAUCUAGAGCCACUUCUCAGCUACUGUUCUCUUGUACUGAGAUGGCAAGCCAGGUUCCCUCAGAUGAGAUGGUUUCACGAGCCUGAGAAUUGUCGUCUGCUUCGCGAGCAUGAGGCUGAAAGGUUCCGCAGAGCCAUGUAUCGAUGGUGGCUCUAUGGCUUCUACUUUCACGGAGACUUCCCCCGACCUCGUGUUGGCCUUCCAGAGCCUGGCGUGGAUGACGUUAGACUGAGCCAACUUCGAUUAUACUCCACAGGCGAGCUGGUAGAGCUGAUGGAUCUGGUUGAAACCAUGAAGGAUGUCGUGCUCCACUAUCUCUGCCCACGGCUUGACCCUAGUCAAGACGAAUAUGAGGGCUGCGAUUCGUAUCUUCAUGAUGUUGUCGACCGACCUGACUCCUUGGCAAGAGGCUGGCGGGAUCAGAGUCGUUGGGGCCGUAUUGUAAAGACUUACUGCAAACUUGGCCCUAAAGAUCUCAUGCAUCUAUUUGAGAACAUCUAUAGCUACCCUAGAAAACGCCUUAUUACGGAAGCUCGGUCUCUUCAGCCGAAUCUCACUUUCGACCAAGAAUCUAUCUCGGUGUCAACACAAUGUGUCCUGGAUGAGCGACAGUGGUCCUUGAACAUGCCUACCUUGCCUCUGGAUGGCCUAGGAGGUGUGAUUGACUGGGAUGAUGAGCGCGACGCUGAACGCGUCAAGUUUGGAAGUGAUGCUAGUCUGGAUGGGACAUUGCCAGGGGGUGCUCGGAUGUUUCGGUCUUCAUCUCACUAUUCGCCUCGCGGGGAUGAUGGAUCUUAUCUAGAAGAUGUCCAACGACAGACAAGGAUGGAGGGUAGGUAUAUGGUUUCGUUCGCUUAG